AUGUCAGAAAUAGCGGAACGUCACGACCUCGUCAUCCUCGGGGCCGGCCUGUCAGGCAUAAACACCGCACACAUCCUACGCCAACAGCUCCCCCGUCGCCGCUUCACCAUCCUCGAAGCCCGCUCCGUCAUCGGCGGCACAUGGAGCUUUUUCAAAUUCCCCGGCUUCAGGUCCGACUCGUACAUGACCACCUUUGGAUUCAGAUGGCACCCCUGGCCGCACGCGCACAAGAUUGCUUCGGCCAAAGAAAUCGCCGCCUACGUCGAGGACGCCGCCAGGCAGGACGGCACGUACGACCAGAUCCGCUUCAACCACCGAGUCAUCGACGCGGAAUGGCGCGACGAGGACGCCUUCUGGCGCCUGACCGUCGAGCAUGACGGCGAGGCCAAGAUCCUGGCCGCAAACUUUGUCAUCGGGUGCACCGGCUACUACGCCUACGACCGGGCCAUGCCGGCGGCGAUACCUGGCAUCGAGAGCUUCGCGGGCACCGUGGCCCACCCGCAGUGGUGGCCAGAGCAUCUCGACUGCUCCGACAAGCGCGUCGUGCUCGUCGGGUCCGGCGCGACGGCCUACACCAUUGCGCCCGCGCUGGCGGACAAGGUCGCCCGGCUGACCAUGGUCCAGAGGAGUCCCAGCUACGCGGCUGCGAUUCCGACCACGUCGUGGCUGGACACGCUGCUGCGGACCGUCCUGCCCGCCAGCCUUGCCCACAACAUCUGCUGGUGGAAGGACAUGGCCUACGAAAUCUUCAUCACACAGUUCAUGGUGCACUUCCCCCGUGUCGCAAAGUUCGUCCUGCGGCUCAACGCAAAGAGCGCCCUGCCCGAGGACUGCGACGUGGACCUUCACUUCAGCCCGCGCUACGAGCCCCUGCAGCAGCGGCUGUGUCUCUGCCCGGACGGCGAUUUCUUCCAGGCUUUGCACCGGCCCAACGUCGAGCUUGUCACGGAUGUCAUUGACAGGGUUCUGCCAGACGGCGUCUUGCUGGACUCGGGCCGCAAGCUCGACGCUGAUGUCAUCAUCACCGCGACGGGGCUUUACUUCCAAAUCAUGAGUGGUAUCGCUGCCAAAGUGAAUGGCGCUCGAAUCGGGCCGGGUUCCCUCUACACUUGGCGAGGCACCAUGCUGGAGUCUCUGCCCAAUAUGGGCUACGUCCUUGGUUAUGUGUUGCAGUCAUGGACCCCCGGGGCCGAGGCAAUCGCGAAGCUGCUUGUGCGCGUCAUCAAGGCCAUGGAGGACAAACAGGCUACCAAGGUCAUGCCAGUUUUGGAACGCAGGAAAGGUAUGCCGAGGAGAUUGGCGGUUGAUCUGAACAGCAAUUACUUCGUCAAGGCGGCAGAUAGAAUUCCCAAGGUUACCGGGGAGGAUCCGUGGUAUGGACGCACACACUGGAUUCGGGACAUGUGGAGCGUCUUGUUUGGAGACAUUGAUAAAGCCUUGGAGUUUAGCGGAGUCGAGGAGAACAAGAAGGGCAUGUAA